CCACCAUCACCACCACCAAUUCCCCAAUCCACCUCCACCAAACACACCACCUCAAAUUCCCAUGCCGCCCUCCUCCAAAGCACCAAGCAACACCUCCUUCCACACCGCCCGCACCACUAUGCCCCCCCCCGCCCGCUCCCCCCUCAAGCGUCUCCACGCCGAGCUCUCCGCCUUGCAAUCCCUCGGCCCCCGCCCCAGCAGCGAUGGAAGCGCGAUAGAGCGGCUCGAACCGGUUGAUACGGAUGAUUUGUUUAAGUGGGAGGCGGUUGUUAAGGGGAGGGGGUUGGGGGGGGGGUAUGAGGAGGGGAGAUGGCUGUUGGAGAUUGAGGUGCCUGAGGCGUAUCCGAAUGCGCCGCCGAAGGUGAGGUUUAGGACGAGGGUUGUGGGGAGCAAUGUUGAUUUCGAGACGGGCGAAGUCUGCCUCGACCUCCUAAAGGAUAACUGGUCCCCAGCCUACACCCUCGAGAAGACCGUCGAGGCUGUAGCGCUCAUGCUUGCGAACCCCGGGGUGGACAGCCCGCUGAAUGUGGAUAUCGCGGCGCUGUUGAGGAGUGGUGAUGCCGUGGGGGCCGAGAGUCUUGUUCGGUGGGCGGCGGCGGAGACUUGGGGGCGGUAUGAGGGGAAAUAAGCUUGUGGAAUUAGUGGAGGGGAAAGGGCGGGAUAUAUAUAUACUUCGUGGGGAGCGAUGGCGUUUUGCUUUCGAUACAUGAAUGGUCAAGAGAUUGAGCUUUUGGAUGUAUUGAGAGAGGGAAGAAAUUGUAUACACCCGUAGAUACGUGCGUGGAGUUUGUAGGACAAAGAAGCAAAUUUCAUUCUUAUAGGAUCUCUCGCUGAUCCAGGAAACACAACAUCGUCACUGGUUUAUACUGUGGAGAGAGAAUAUGGUCGAUAGCCAUAUA